CGAGCCGCGUUUCCGAUAUUGCUUCCUUCACUUCGAUCCCACAAUGACUACCAGCAAGAAGAAGACCAGGAAGUUGAGAGGACACGUAAGCCACGGCCAUGGUCGUAUUGGCAAGCACCGUAAGCACCCUGGAGGUCGCGGUAACGCUGGUGGUAUGCAUCACCACAGGAUUAACUUCGACAAGUACCAUCCAGGUUACUUCGGCAAAUUGGGUAUGAGGAAGUACCAUUUGCGCAGAAACCACAGGUGGUGCCCUGCCAUCAAUUUGGAUAAAUUGUGGACUUUGGUCACUGAAAAGACUAGGGAAACCUACGAAAACCACCCAGAAGGCAAGGCUCCAGUCAUUGACUGCGUCAAAGCUGGUUAUUACAAGGUCUUGGGCAAGGGCCGCAUCCCCAAACAACCGGUUAUCGUUAAAGCCAAGUUCUUCUCCAAAACCGCAGAAGACAAGAUUAAAGCUGUUGGGGGCGCAUGCGUUCUCUGUGCUUAAAUUUGUAUUUAAUUAAAAACUUAAAAGAA